AUGAAUCAUACUCCAAUACCAACUACUCCAGCUUCAGUUCCUAUACCCUUAGACUUUUCACAAAUACCAAUAGAUGCAUUAGAACAAAUAAGAAACAGAUUAAAUCAAAUUCAUUUAUCACUACGAAAAUUAGUAGAACAAAUCAAUGGUCACAAUAGACAUCCAUCAAAAAUAAAAUUACCAACUUAUAUACAUUUUCAAAAUCAAUUUCAAGUCCUAAUAACUCAACUAACAUCAAUAGCCAAUAUCCUAUACCAAAACGAAGAUUUAUUACUAAAGACCAAUGUUUAUCCAACAGUCAAUUUUCCAACAAGUCAACAAGAAGGUUUAUUAACUACAUUACUCAGAAAAAAAGCAUUACCAGAGGUAGAUGAAUGGAUAAAUUUAUCGUUAUCAGCAAUAGAAGAAAUUGAAAAAACUGAGAAAAAGCAAAUUGAUUUUGAAAAAAAUGAUGAAUUUAAUGCACGGUGUUUAAUGGAAAUUCAAAACCUUAGAGAAGAUUUUCAAUUCUAUGGUUUUCAUACAAUUGAAGAAUUGAACUAUAUGGAAACCCCAGAAGGAAAAGCUGAGGCUAAAUUAAAGAAAGAUCAAGAAAACGAAAAAGAAGAAAUUGAAUAUAAUAUUACUUUAGGUGGAAAGAAAAGUUUACAUCCAAAUCAAGUCAUGAGAUUUUUAUGUCAAGGACAACUAUAA